AACAAUACGGUUGGAAAUUCGAAAAAAAAUGGUUUAAAAUUAAAAAUCUUAAAAACUAAAAUGUGGUGUAAACAAUAUAUUAAAAAUAAACUAAAAAAUAUUAAAAAAAUAAUAAUAUAUAAAUCAAUUUAAUUAAAAAAAAUAAUAAUAAAAAUUUUAAAUUCAACAAAGUUUUAGAAAAAUUACAAAAAAAUUUCAAGUAAUUUAAAACAUAUUGUAAAACCUGCUAUUAAAUAAUGAGAAAAAAAUAAAUAAUAACAAAAUCUUUAACACUUUCAAAUCCAUAUAUGCCCAAAUCUAAGCGUUUUUUUGUAAUUUUAAUGUUCAAAGCAAAAUGGUAACCAUCAACAAAAAAAGUUAUAAUCACCUUCAUAAAAAAUUAUAAUAAAUAUAAAUAAAAUAAAAUGUUUAUCAAAAAAGUCUAUACACAUAUACAUAUGUAUAUAAUAGCAGCGACAAAACGACCGGCAAGUGUUAAAAUUUUUGCAACAAAAAAAUAUAAAUUAAAAUAAAGAAAAUAAAUAAAAAAAAGAUUUCCGACAGAUAAAUAAAAUGGCAACAAAUCUCGUAAAAGUGUUUUAUGUUUUUUUUUGUUAUAAAAAAGGAGAAAUAUAUGAAAUUUAUUAUAAAAAGUAAUAGCAAAAUAAACUUUUUUUCAUUUAAAUAAAAUAUAACCAAAAAUAUACCCCUGAGCUCGAUAUAGCAACAGAACUGCAAUUUAAAAAAAUGAGUUAUUACGAAAGGAGCAACAACACUAAAACCAUGUAAUUUACAAUGAAUAAAAGAGAGAAAAACUAAAACUGCUUAAAAAAAAAAAAACAAACAUCAUUUUAUUCCUCCCCAGACUGUGAAUGAAAGUGUAGUAAAUGAUUUAUAUAUAAAAUGUUAACUAAGCAUCCAUGUUACAUUGCUGGCAGCAAUAAAACUGCAUUCCAUGCAAUUUUAACUUUAACAACUAAAAACAACAAGAAGAAUAAUAACAACAAAAACAACGAUAAUAAAAAAUUCCAACAAAAUCAACGUGAAUUAAAAGCAUUUAUACUUGAUGAAGCUGUAGCAACAAUUACCGCCACCAACACUACCAGCAACUCCAACACUACUAUUGCCACUGCCAAGAGCAACAACGUGAACAAAAACAACAACGUGAAAAGGAAUCACAACAGAACCACAAGUAUUAAAAGUAUUAAAAACAAAAAAAUCAUUAAAAAUCAUCAAGUUUACGAUGAUGGUCAGGAUAAGUAUGACCACGAUUACAAAGAUGAUGAUAAUGAUGAUGUUGAUGACUGUGAUUGUGUUGAGAAACAAAUAAAAUUGAUUAUGAAAUCAAAACAAAAAGUUUUUAUAAAAAAAUUUAAUAGAAAAAGUCAUAAGCAACUUUUUUAAAAGUGUUUAAUUAAUACAAAAUAUAAAUAUAUUUUCAACAAUUUUAAAAAUAUAUAACAACUCUUAAAGUUUAAGACAGCACUUUAUUAUUAAAUUCAAGUGUUUAUGUAGCAGUUAAUAAUUAAAAAAAAAAAUAUUUUUAUAUUUAAAUUUAUUUUGCAUACGAAAAUAUAAUUAUUUUUAACUGCAACUGUUGUUAUUUCCACGUAUUGAAAACCAAACAAAAAUAUAAUCCUUAUUUGAAAAACAACUUGUGUAUAUAAAAUACUUGUACUGAAACUAUGCUAACACAACUUUAUACAACUGAAGAGGAUCCGGCCUUGUGUUCGAUUAUAUGGGGUACAAAUUUCUCAGCAACGCCUGGUGUAAAUGAAAAUGACAGCAGUAGUGCUAUAACAGCUGCCUCAACAUCACACAAUGUUGCUGCUGUUGCUGCCGCCGCGGCUGUUGGUGGCAUAAAUGAUAGUGUAGGUGGUGCUGGAGGUGGUGGUGUCAGUUCGGGUGGUGUUAUUGGUGAAGGUGGUGGCUAUAGAAGUGAUGUUAAUGCGGCUGUAGCUGCUGGAGCUGUAGGUGUCAUUGGUGAUAAUUUACGUGAUGAUCUUUAUAUAACAAAUGAGGAUCCACGUACCGAAGCAUUACGAGAAUAUUCAUACGGCAUAAUAUUGCCCAUCAUUUGUGCGCUUGGCAUCAUUGGCAAUGUACUCAAUCUUAUUGUAUUGACAAGACGUAAUAUGCGUGGUACGGCUUAUAUUUAUAUGAGAGCAUAUUCAACAGCUGCUUUAUUGGCCAUUGUCUUUGCUAUACCAUUUGGUAUACGAAUGUUGGUACACAAGGACCGAGGGCAAUGGGAAGAAUUUGGCCCAGCUUUCUAUACAGCACAUUUAGAACUAUUUUUGGGUAACGGUUGUUUAGGUGUAGGUGUUAUGAUGCUGUUAAUACUAACCAUAGAACGUUACGUGUCAGUGUGUCAUCCUAGUUUUACACGACCCGUAAUGGGUCCUCCAGGACUCAUUGUAUUCCUAACCACAAUGAUAACUUUUGUUAUCUACCUGCCGAGUGUGUUCCGUGGGGAACUUAUUAAAUGUGUUUUACAAACAGAUGGACGUUUUGUUUAUUUUCGUAGAGAUAAUAAUGCAUUUUUGAGAACAAUAUUUUAUUCGAUCUAUAAGGUUAUGCUGGAAGUGCUAUUUAAAUUAAUACCAACUGUUUUAAUAGCUGGUUUGAAUUUACGCAUUAUGAUGGUUUAUCGUCAAACUUGCGAGAAAAGACGUAAAAUGACCUCGUCUAGAGCCUCAUAUAUUAAGGAUGCUGAAGAAAGAAGACUAUUUUUAUUGCUAGGUAGUACAUCUAUAUUAUUUUUGGUGUGUGUCUCACCGAUGGCAAUUUUACACAUGACAAUUGCUUCGGAAGUUUUACCCAGUUUUUCAUUUCAGGUUUUUAGAGCAUUGGCAAAUCUAUUGGAGUUGACCAAUUAUUCCAUAACCUUUUACAUCUACUGCUUGUUUAGUGAAGAUUUUCGUAAUACUCUAAUGCGUACGAUUAAAUGGCCCUGGAUUAAAUCGCAAUUGUGUCAUCAGGUGGAUGAGGUCUCUGCCAAGCAAACACCUCUUAAUAAUUUUGAUAAAUUAACUUUGCGUAAUCAUCAUAUAACCACCACAUCGGGCGUAUGCACCGGUAUUGGCCGUUCCAGUAGCAUUUGA